GGCAGAAGCGGUCCGACUGCUUGGCCAAGGGUUGGCGGCGGAACUGAAUGGCAGAACCGCGUUUCCGGGAGGAAGGGGAUCUGCGCAGGACCCGGGACAGACCGGAGCGCUUGGUGUCUGGGCGGUGAAUGGAGGCGCCGCAGCCGACGGGCCAGAAGCGGCCAGAGCGGAAGCCGGAGCCUGUCGGCCGAGGCCGCGGAGCCAACAAGAAGGGCAAGAAUCAGCCGCCGCCUCCCCAGACUGGGCCAAGAGAGUCGGGCCCGGGCCGGGCCGUCGAGGAGGUGACCCGGGCGCUGGACCCGGAGGAGCAGCUGCGGCUACAGAGGGAGCUGGACUGGUGUGUGGAACAGCUGGAGCUGGGCCUGAGGACCCAGAAAUCCACGCCAAAGCAGGCUGAACAGGCCGCUCGGGCUGUAAAGACGCUUCGAAGCAGUCGGGCUGAGCUGCCCAAGAAACGCCAAGUGAUGCGAUCUCUGUUUGGGGACUACCGGGCACGCAUGGAGGAAGAGCGAAAAGCCGCACUGAAGGCCAUGGAAGCUGCAGCUCGAUCAGCUCGGGUGCUGCCUGUUGAAGAGGCUGUCCGAAAGAAGAGUAGCCGGAUCUGCAGGCAUCGUCCAGGUGGAGGAAUGAGUUCUGUGUCUUCUCCAAAGGAAGAAUUUAGGUUUAACUUUUUUUAGCCCCUACCCACCAGGGAUCCCCCUAAUUUCUGCCAGAAAGACUUCUGCUACCACCCUCAACCCAUUGGGGGAGUAGGGGGUGGGGCUGGGGAGAACUAGAAAGGUUUGGGAAAAUCACCUGGUAGGCAGAUACAUGGUCAGGAUGGCUCAGACCUCCUCCUUUUCAGGCCUGUGGUUAUUGUCACUGAAGCCCCAGCUUGACUCGUGGGGUCAUCAGGCCCCUUGUGGAAUAGACAAAUAGGUAUUAUAUCUUGAAUUCCUUGAAGACAGACCGGGUUAGUCUGUACAGUACCCUGACUAGAGGGUGAAGAUGGAGGCAGCUGAAACUACUUGAAAAAGACCGGUUUGGCUUUUACCUCUUGGCAACCUUGGUGCCUCUAUUUCUUGGAGAGAGGUCUUCAUUUAGUAAAAACAUCCCUCAACUUUC